UACGGAAAGGCGCGACGGACGAGGCCGCCAUGUUGCUGUACGGACGGGCGCGGUCGGGGAAAGCGCCCCGCGCCUCUCCUUUCCUUCUUUUGUUUUCGGCCUAUAAAUCUAUUUAUUUCGCCAACCGGCACCGGGAAGAAGCGAGGCCUUUGCUUCCGUCGCAUAUAUUUCUCGCCGCCGCCGCGAGGCCACACCCCCUCUUGAGGGAAAUUCCGCCCGGCGCGGGGAAUGACGGGAAAGACGUUAUCUUUCGCUCAUCCUCGUCGAGGGACAAUGACGCACUUCCGGUCUCCGCCUGGGCGGGAGUUUUGACUGCGCGCCGGCGGCCGGUAGGUUGCCGUGGCGACCGUUCCGAGUCUUCCCCGAGCAGGCCGCAGAUUCCCUCCCCCCCCACCCGGGUUGGCCGCGUUUCCUCCGCCCGGGCGCAGCCGCCUCACACCCCCCAGGGAUCCGGAGGCUCCUUCGGCCCCCGAGACGCUUCCGCCCAGCCCUUCCUCCGGCGUGAAUGAAGGAACCGAACGCUACCCGGGACGUUGGCGGGUCUUAAAAAAAAAAAAAGGCCGAUUAUUGGUUCGAAUCUCGCCCUUCCCCAGAGGAUCUCCGCCCCGUGUGGGAAAGGUUGCAGGAAGAGGGGUGAAAAAAAAACCCCAGAAACUCCACACUGAGUCGAGAAAGAAACGAAGGAAGCCAAAGAAAAGAAAGGACCCCCGCUUGGCUUCUCUUCGCCUUUCCCUCCUCAGGCUUCUCCUCCUCCCAAGGGAAUAAAAAAUGGGAGAAGCCGCUGACGCCCGAGAAGAUAUCUUUUCCCACCUGGAAGAGUUGGAAGCCGGUGCACACAAGGUGGCCCUGAAGCGAGGAGCAGCGAGGACGCGCCAGGAGGACGUGGCCUGGAUGAAAGCUAGAGUCCAGGAGCUGAAGCGUCAGAGAGAUGAGUUGAGGGCCAAGGUGAACAUGUGUCGUUCUCUGCAUGUUGGGAGCAAAGAAGCCAUCCAGAGUGACUUGCAGACUUCCCAGGUAACCAAAGCCAGCCGACAAGCUCUCUUGGAGUGGAAGAUAGAGAACGCUAAAGGCCUGCUGCAGGUUUUUCGUCUGACAGGUCUCAGUGGGAAGCUGACAAAGCGAGGGGCCUGCCUGUGCAUCAGUACCGCCUUUGAGGGCACCUACCUGGGCGCCUAUUACCUGGACCUCCUCAUACAGCAGCCGAUCCAGAUCCAGCGCCAUUCUGUCCCGUCCUUCAUCCCUUUGGAGCAAAUCGCUCGCGAACAUUUGCAGACAGAUAUCAGGCGUUUUUUGUCCAUGCUGUCGGAACACCUGAAUGCUUAUGACGGGAGGAAAUUUCAGGCGGAUCAGCUCCAGGAGCGUUUUUCUGCUUUCCUCGAGGGAGACGUGCGGGGAAAUUCCUUGUACAACCUGCUGGAGUUCAACUACGGUGUGAGGGGAGGAAGCAGGACUUUUCCCUUCACGGCGAGGCUCACUUAUGGAGACCCUGUGAGCGCCUUGCCCACGGAGGCCACUGUUGUCUGCAAAGGUGAGGAAAAGGGGGCUUGGCGUUGACCGCCGUGUAGGUGAGGCUGCUGGGUGG